GACUCUCGGGGCUGUUCCCGCCGCCGUCGGAUGCGCCGGGAUCCGGAAACGCUGAGGGAGUUCCGGGAGUGCCGGGGCUCGCAGGGCGGGACGGGUGUGGGGCUCCCGCCUCAUCUCCUUACCCUUUAAUGGCGCACAUCACCAUAAAUCAGUACUUGCAGCAAGUACAAGAAGCCAUUGAGACCAGAGACGGAACAUUUUGUGCAGAAUUAGUAUCAUUUAAACAUCCACAUGUUGCAAACCCAAGGCUACAGCUUCCAUCUCCAGAGGAGAAGUGUCAACAAGUUUUGGAAUCACCAUAUGAUGAAAUGUUUGCAGCCCACUUAAGGUGUACUUAUGCUGUUGCAAACCAUGACUUCAUAGAAGCAUACAAAUGCCAAACAGUUAUUGUCCAAUCUUUCCUGCGAGCAUUUCAGGCGCAUAAAGAAGAAAAUUGGGCCUUACCUAUUAUGUAUUCUGUAGCCCUUGAUCUUCGAAUUUUUGCUAAUAAUGCAGAUCAACAGCUUGUGAAGAAAGGCAAAAGCAAAGUUGGUGACAUGUUGGAAAAAGCAGCAGAACUGCUGAUGGGCUGCUUUCGAGUCUGUGCCAGUGACACUCGAGCAGGCAUCGAAGACUCCAAAAAGUGGGGCAUGUUGUUUCUCGUGAAUCAGCUGUUUAAAAUUUAUUUUAAGAUCAACAAGCUCCAUCUCUGUAAGCCCUUAAUAAGAGCAAUUGACAGCUCAAAUCUGAAGGAUGAGUAUAGCAUGGCACAGAGAGUUACAUACAAAUACUAUGUUGGACGCAAGGCCAUGUUUGACAGUGACUUUAAGCAAGCUGAAGAGUAUCUGUCAUUUGCCUUUGAGCACUGUCACCGAUCAAGCCAGAAGAACAAAAGAAUGAUUUUGAUCUACCUGCUGCCGGUAAAAAUGUUGUUGGGCCAUAUGCCAACAGUUCAGCUCUUAAAAAAGUAUGACCUUAUGCAGUUUGCUGAAGUAACAAAGUCUGUGAGUGAAGGAAAUCUUCUCCUACUGAAUGAUGCUCUGACAAAGCAUGAGACCUUCUUUAUUCGAUGUGGAAUCUUUCUUAUCCUUGAGAAGCUGAAAAUCAUCACAUACAGGAAUCUCUUCAAGAAAGUAUAUUUACUACUCAAAACCCAUCAGCUAUCUCUAGAUGCUUUUCUGAUUGCUCUGAAGUUCAUGCAAGUAGAUGAUGUUGAUAUUGAUGAAGUCCAGUGUAUUUUAGCUAACCUUAUAUAUUUGGGUCACAUUAAAGGCUACAUAUCCCAUCAGCAUCAGAAGCUUGUGGUCAGCAAGCAGAACCCAUUUCCUCCAUUGUCAACAGUGUGUUGUUGAGUAUUGCAUCUUAGCUAUUCAAGUACUCUUCAGAUACUCGGCUUGCCCAGUGGAUCUGCUCCCUGUCACCCCAAAAACACUGUAAAUGACCUGGUUCUUGUCCAGGACUGAAAUACCAGGAACUGUUUGUGGCUCCUUUCCCAGAAUGACCAAGGCUGCCAGUGUUACAAAGUGCAUUGAGAUGAAAUGCUGACUUUUAAAUGGUAGUUUCCACAGGCUUUCUAGAUCAUUCAAAGUACUUCAUGAAGAAAUAAAGCAAAGCAUUCCAAAUUCCUUCUGAACUACUUAAAAGCAUUUAUAAAGUACUUUGUGUUACUA